AUUAAAGUUAACAUAAAAACCAAGUUAACACUCUGAGCACUGAAUUAGUGAAUCUCUCUUUUAUUUUUCCUCUUUCCUCUAAUUUCGAAAAUAUUUUUCGCCGAAAGAAAAGAAAAAGUCUUUACCUUUUUUUCUCUCUUCGCUGGGUUCACUACACUAACAUAAAUCUCUGAACUUUGCUUUUACCCUGUUCUGUCUGAAUAGCAAAACCUCGACCCUCUUUUUUCUUCUUCUUUCUUUGUCUGUGAUCUGAACCUUCUCCAAGUAAAUCUGGAAGCCGGGAAGCUCUAACUAGAGUGUUUAAAGGUGUGAUGAUGCUGCUUCCGAGAUGGUUUCUAGAAGCAAUCUUGCUCCUAAUCUCAGCUCUUGCCUUUACAAACGCUGCAUUCAUAGGUGUAAACAUAGGAACAGAUCUCACCAACAUGCCCUCACCUUCAGACAUCGUCUCCCUCCUCAAAUCUCAUCAAAUCACACACGUCCGUCUCUACGACGCCAACAGCCACAUGCUCAAAGCCCUCUCCAACACCACCAUCCAAGUCACUGUCGGCGUGACCAACCAAGAGAUCCUCAAAAUAGGACGCUUCCCUUCCUCAGCCGCCUCCUGGGUCAACAAAAACGUCGCCGCCUACGUUCCUUCCACUAACAUCACAGCCAUCGCCGUCGGCAGCGAGGUCCUCACCGAAUCCCCCCACGUGGCGCCCAUCCUCGCCUCCGCUCUCAACAACAUACACAAGGCUCUCGUGGCAACGAACCUCAACUUCCAAGUCAAAGUCUCAACCCCUAUGUCUAUGGACGUAAUGCCUAAACCUUUUCCUCCGUCCACCUCCACUUUCAGCCCUUCCUGGAACACGACCGUUCAUCAGAUUCUUCAGUUUCUCGACAACACCGGCUCCUUUUUCAUGCUUAACGCGUAUCCUUACUACGGCUACACGACAGCUAACGGCAUUUUCCCGCUUGAUUACGCCUUGUUUAAACAGCUCUCUGCAGUGAAGCAGAUCGUUGACCCUAAUACUCUUUUGCAUUACGAUAGUAUGUUUGACGCUAUGGUCGACGCUGCUUACUACUCCAUGGAGGCGUUAAACUUCUCUAAGAUCCCCGUCGUCGUUACGGAAACUGGCUGGCCUUCUUCAGGUGGAAGUGAUGAAACAGCUGCGACUGUUGGUAACGCGGAGACGUUUAAUAGUAACUUGAUCAAGCGCGUGUUGAACAACUCUGGUCCUCCUAGCAAACCGGAUAUACCUAUCAACACGUACGUCUACGAGCUUUACAACGAGGACAAACGGUCCGGGCCUGAGUCUGAGAAGAACUGGGGGAUGUUUUAUCCUAAUGGGACUUCUGUUUAUCCUCUUGGCUUAAGCGGUGGCGGCGGCGGUGGUGGUGGCUCUGAGGCUUUGAACGGGACGACGUUGUUCUGUGUGGCGAAAGUUGAUGCUGAUGAUGAUAAGUUGGAGAACGGUUUGAAUUGGGCUUGCGGACAGGGCCGGGCUAACUGCGGUCCGAUUCAACCGGGACAAUCGUGUUAUCUACCGAAUGAUAUCAAGAGCCAUGCUUCUUUUGCUUAUAAUGAUUAUUACCAGAAGAUGAAGGGUGUUGGUGGGACUUGUGACUUUGAUGGUACUGCUAUCACUACGCCUAGAGAUCCUAGCUAUAGAGCAUGUGCUUAUACGGGAAGCCCAAACGCAAACGGAACGGGAGGAAACUUUCCUCCUGCGUUAGGACCCGCAAGUCAAGUAGGAGGGAACGCAAACGCAGUUUUCGUUUCUAUCUACCAUCUUCCCUUCUUGGCAACGUUAGCUCUCACGCUACUACUAGUACUGUAACUUCAGUGUUGUAGUAACCGGAGAGAUGUACCGGUGUGCUUGGUUAUUUCCGGUUAUCGGUAUUGAUUGUUUUACUUUUGUAGUGUUGUAAGUGUAGCUAGAGAGAGAGAUCGUAUGUUCUCAUUCUUUUUGUCUUCAUCUUUGAACUGAAAUCUUUCGAAUUAGAGUGAUUUAAAAUUUAAUUAUCAAGUGAAGUAGUUAUCUUGUA